AUGGUGCGGAGGCAGCUUCAGGGUGUAUUGGACAGGCUUGAGCUGGAGAAGGUUGGUCUGCUGCAGAGGGCAUGGCGAGGCGGCUUUGGAUUUCCCAUGGAAGUCUCUCAGGAGGUGCGAUCACGGCUUCUCCGAGGCAAAAACUUUGUGCCCGGAUCUUGCGUAGUGUUGCGGCCCGGAGAGCUACGAUGUGCCAUUCUGCUGUGCGAACCCUACUUCAGCGCCUCAGGCACUUCCCAGGAAGAGCCUGGCUACUUCUGUGCGGUGGAUGAGCGCGAUCGACACCUGGCCUCCCAGGAUGUCGUCCAUGUGACGGAGUCGGAGCUUAAGGAGUCCGAGUUCGCUUUCCCGAUUCAGGCUCGCACGGUUACCCACUGGUUAGAGCCUGUUGUUACUCUUGGCGCGUUCCUUCCGAACGAUCGCCUCACCAAGGUUCUGAGACUUGUACAGGGGGGCCAUAAGCCCGCAUUGGCGGACCUCUUGCUCAAGUAA